UUCGCAAAUUUUUCGACACGGUUGAUAAACUAGGCGAAAUGGACAUCGAUAUUAAUCCCGACUUAUUGACAAUUAUGCUUCUUUACAGUUUACCGCCAAGCUUCGAAAAUUUUCGUUGCGCCAUCGAAUCUCGCGAUACUUUACCAACGCCAGAUAAUUUACGGGUAAAAAUCCUGGAAGAAAAUGAGGCAAGGAAGGAUAGUGCACAAGACAACGGAACGAAUGCGAUGGUUGUAAAGAAAUUAAGCGCAAAAGACAAAAGUUCAAAUGACAGGAGUAAUAAAGGAUACAAAUCACGAAACGAAGAGCCAUUCAAAUUCAAAUGUCAUCGUUGCCAGAAGAAAACGCAUGUGGCACAUUAAAUCUAGCCAGUGAUGCCUCUACGAAAAUAAAUGCAAAGGGCUCUGCAUCGAUGAAAACGGUCUUAGACGGUAAAACA